AUGGUCUUUGAUAUCGACAUUUCUAUUGAGAUCUCACCUCAGCCAGAAUUUCGAUAUAGCGAGACGCUAUUCCCUUCUGCUCUACCAAAUCCCGCCAUGUCCGGCGCCAAGAGAGUCUUGGAACGUCGAGGCCUGCUGGGUUUUGGUGAAGUCGAAGGUUUAGCCAAGCAGUUCGACAGCAUCUCACGUCUCGUAUACAUGGAUGACACUAUGCUCUACGAAGACGUCAUCUUCGACUUCGACAAGACGGCGGAAGAAAUCACAAGUCACGCAAAGGGAUUCGACAAUCAGUCCCUAGCUGGAAUACUCAUCGAAGACUUUGAAUAA